UUCAGCCCCAACUACGUCAGAUACAUGAUCAAGUGCUGGAUGGUGUCUACCUAAACUUGCCGAGAACCAACUACAUUGAGCACUCAAUCCCAGCGUUCAUUUGCUUCUUUAAUACCCUAUUCCGCUGAAAGAAUCAAUUGAUUCUUAAACAACAAUAGAACAUAUUUUGCGGUAAUUUGGUUGUUUUUUCUGUCAGUUCUAAUUUGGUUUUUUUUUUCUUUUUUUCUACUAUUUUUACCGUUUUUGAACGUCCACACGAUUGACGAGGAAACCUCUUUUGUUUUGUUAUAAACCAUGGGGAAAAGUGCGAUUGCUUCCUUUGCAGAAUCUGUUUCGUCGUUUUUUAGCUCGCUGACGACGCCUAAUAGACAUGCAGAUGCGAAUGCUAGAUCUGCUCGGCGUGAAAAGCCUACACCGUUGCCUACUCCGUUAAAUUCCGUCACUACGGGACCAAACUAUAACUUGUUGAGUGGAAAUGGCUCUGCUUACGACCUUUCGAACGCGGCUUCGGCGUCUCAUGUAGCUUUAAAUACAAUCGGUAACAGUGCUACUUCCGGUUAUGUUCCAGGAAGCAGAACCGCUACGAUGACCGCUGCCAACACCGGCAUGGACAUUCAGAUGCAGGACAUGAGUCCCGACGGCAUCGCUCCCCCUCCCCCGGUCUCGGACUCAUGGAGACGUAUUGACCGUUGGACGGAGGAGAAUUAUUAUGAGCUGUACUGUCAGUUGAGUUAUGGGGCUACGGCUGCAGACGUUGACAGUCUGGAGUACGAGCUUGAGUGUACUUUACCUCGUGAUGUCCGUGAAAGCUUCUACAUCCACGAUGGUCAAGACCGUGGAGGUCAGCCCACGGGUAUUCUGUUUGGUAUUACACUUAUGGACAUUGAGGAAGUCGAAGAGGAGUAUGAGUUGUGGCGCCGUGUGGCCCAGUCUUAUGCUGAGGCUACCUUGUCCGGAAAAGUCGAUCAAGCUGUGGCUUCUCAUCAAUCGUCUUUCCCUCCUAACGCCGUUCAAUGCGUGUAUGCGCAUCCUGGUUGGGUGCCUUUGGCCAAGGACUUCGUUGGCAACAACAUUGCUGUUGAUUUGGCCCCUGGUCCUGCUGGUCAUUGGGGACAAGUGAUUCUGUUUGGACGUGACCAUGAUACUAAGUACGUGGUGGCUCGAUCCUGGGCCGAUUUCCUUGCCAUUGUAGCUUACGACAUGGAAAACGGAAAGUGGUUGGUGGAUGAGGACACGAACGAGCUUCGUUUGUUGUACGGUCCUCCCCGUGAGCAAUGGUCGUACAUGGACAUCCUCAAGUACCGGGUGCGCAAGCAAGAACGCCGCCUCGCCAAGCUUCGUGCAGCAUCUAAGAAGAACCAUGCAUCGAAGCAACACAAUGCUGCUUCGGGAUCCGCAGAGCCGAAAACGGCGUCAAGCCCUACUAUCGCAGCCACUUCCUCUCCUAAAGAGAAGGAGGUUCGUGAUCCUGCAUACGUUGAGGUGCCUUUGAGUAAAAAGACUGCUGCAGCACCCGAGUCUGCUUCCCCCAAGGCAGAGUCUAAGCCCGCAGAAGCUGAGGCUGAACAAACUUCUCCUGUUGAGAAGCAAGCUGAGGAGAAGGUUGAGGAGCCUGUCGCCGCUGAAUCGCCUGUUGCUCCUGCUCCCGCUUCUUCUACUGUCACCGCUGCCACCGCUGCCCCUAUUACUCCCACUGUCACCAUCUCUGCACCUGAACCUGCCUCUCCCGUUACCUCUAUUCCUGCUCCUGUUUCUGCUACUACUGCGGAAACCACUGCCAGCACGUCGUCUCCUGUUUCCGCUGAUGAGGAAGUUAAAACUGAUGGUGACGAAGCUGCAUCCACGAACAACAAGGAGGAAAAGACUGAAGAAGCAGAUCUUAGUGCAGCGGUUGAGAGUGUGAGCCUUGCUGACGCUGAGCCUACCGAGGUUGAAAAGAAGGAAGAUGUUUCCGCGCCUGCUGUUGUCUCGGAAGAAUCUGCGAAGCAGACUGAGAAGUCUGCUACUGACGAAAAAGCUGAUGAGGUUGAGAACAUUGCUCCUACGGAGACUGCUCAAAAGGCCGCUGCUGCCACUACAGAAACCACCACUGAAACUGCAUAGAAAGGUAACCGGAACGGCGGCCGGGAUGGUCCGUGUGCGGUUUUUCAAAUAGCAUCUCAUUUCAGCGACUCACUCGUCGCUGAUAUAUUGAAGUACUUAGACGACGAACCUGCUAAGAGUAAGGCGCCAAAGAAUUGGUUGCCUUCCCUGUCCUUUGUACCGUGUUUACCCCGUGUUUAUGAUAUUAUCCUACCUGAUGUUCUUAAAGAAUGUAGUGCCGUUGAUUUUGCACUGCACGAAUGUGCAUACUGAAAACAUUAAAGACUCUAUGAAUUGAUAGUGCAUUUUUUAUGUAACAAAAAUGUGGAGAGAGCUUUGCGACCGUAGAUAACCG